AAUUAAACCAAUGAUCAACAUGCAUGUUUUUGUAUGUGUGAUUUGAUUUUGAAUGAAAAACACAUUAUUGAAGACGAUUUUGGCGCCAUCCAAAUGAUUUUGUCAAUUUCUUUUUACUUUUUUUCACAUCUUUUUUUUUCUUUCUCUCUCUUUUUCUAUCUCAAUUUUCUCUCACACAUUUAUUUUGACACACACACACAGAGUUCAUAUAAAAAUCAAUGAUUUGUUCAAUCAUUCGAAUGAUUGACAGCCACAAAUAUCGACGACAAGACAACCAAUCUAUGAUGGUAUAUAGAAUAUAUAGAAUCAUUCAUUGUGAUUAUCAUGGUUGGAAUUAAUUUCUAUAUUCAUCAUUAUCAUCAUCAUUGACAUCAUCAUUUGUUUAACCUAUGACAUGGUGACACAAUUUUUUAUGAAAUCAAUUUAAAUCUUCAAUAAUCGUUUCAAUUAGUUGAUCACUAACCAUCAUUGAUUGUCAUGGCCAUUAAUCAAUUGAAUAGACAACAUAUAACACAUUUUCCUGUGAAUAAUCGAAAUCAUUAUUUUGAUGAUGAUAGUAAUGGCUCAAACCUGAACAGGAAACAACCACAACAACAACAUCGAAGGUGUAAAAAAUCAUCAAAUAAUUUUCUAACAACAGCCUGUAAUCAUAUCAAUAAUAUGAUCAUAUCAAGUGUUGAACAAUUAAAUUUAAAUCAUCAUAAUAAUGAUGAACUAAAAUCAUCAACAUCACCUUCUACAACGUCAUUGGAUCCUACUAUGUUGAUAAUCGAUGAUGGUAUUCGAGAUGGUGAUGGCAAUCAACAAUGGAACAUUUCCAAUUCAACCAUCAUCAUGCCACGAACAUCUACAAUGUUGAAAAAAUUACAAAGGAUUCUUCCCCGUAAUGAUAGUGGAAUGUUUUCAUUAUCAUCAUCGAUCAAUUCUGAUGGAAAUACCGCGCUUUAUUCAUCAACAGAAGAUGGUAUAGUUGCUCUUUCAUCAUUAUCAUCACCACCAUCGAUUCAUUCAUUAUCCUCUGCGCAACGAAAACCAACGGUGAAGGAUACAUCAUUGAUUCAAAAAAGAUCAUCAUUUGAUUUAUCCAAACAAAGUAAAUGUCAAAUACCUGGAAGUUUGGAAUCGAUUAAUCUGGAAGAAGAGGAUGAAGAUUCAUUUUUUUCGGAACCAUUAAAUUUUUUGGCACCACCAUCAUCCUCAUCAUCAUCAACAACGACAACAUCAGUGGAUGUUCAUAUUGAAUCACCAGUAUCGUGGACGUCAUCACCAUUGUAUGAACAAAGAGCAGUCAGCAGUAGUCUUCAUUCGAUUGAUUCAAUACAAUUGGAUCAUGAUCCGCCACCAUUUGCUAGUGAAUCGUUUGUUCAAAGUUUAGAAUAUCCAUGCUGGAAUGAAUUGUGUCUUUAUUUCAACUUGAAUCGUAUGUUUGAUGAUGAUUCUUGUUCCAUGAGCAAAACAUCCUGUUCCCGUUUCGUGAAUCGAUUUGGUACUGAAUGUCUUGAUAUUUGUCGAUUUCCAUUGGUUUUACCCGUAUUCACAGCUGAUUUACUUGAACGACGAGCAUCGUUUACCACAUGGCAACGAUUAAUGUUGGAAGCUGAUGCUCUUCUAAGCAUAUGGGAACUAUCGGCAUUGAAGAAUCUUUAUCAUCGGUUCGAUAACGACACAAAAUCGUUCGGUGUCGUAUUGGGUAAACCAAUCGAUUGGAUUCAAAUCGAUCCGAAUCAUCAUCUUAGACAAAUCUGUCAUCAAUUAACCAAUCAUUUGUCUGCAAAAAAAGACAAACAUCAAGUAUUGAAACGAUGGUCAUCGAAUGAAGAUCUUUUUUUGAAUAAAUCAAGUGAAUUUCAAAACUUAAACAAGUCAGAAUCUCGAUGUAAAACUGAUGAUUCAUUCUGGACGAUCAACAAUAUCAAAUAUCGAUUGAAACAAUCAACCGUCCGAAUGUCGUCAUCAUCAUCAUCAGCAUCCAAAUCACAUGUAGAUCAAUCGAGGAGGAAAAAAAAUUCAAAAUCUUUGAGCUCUAGUGCAUCAUUUAAUAGGCUAUUUACAUCGAUCAACAAUUGGCAACAAGAAUGUAAUAUUGUUUAUCGUGAAUUGUCAUCAUUGUUACAGCAUUCAUCAUCGGUUCAUUUUGCAUUAUAUGUUACGAGAUUUCAUCAAGAAUAUUUUCGUCACCGUUUGUUUGGAGAUUUUUUCAUCAUCUGUACGCAUCUUGUACUUCCAAAACAGAAUGUUGAUUGCAAUAAAACUGAACUGUACAAUCUAUUGAAAUUCGAUGAUACUGUUGUGAAUGUUGUUCGUGAUCAUCUGUUAUGUAUGACAACACACACGAGACAACAUGAUGAUCGAAUCAGAUUACUAGCCAAUCUGAUUGAAUCAGCUUGUCUAUUACGUCAGCUACGAAAUUUUCAUGGUCUACAAUUGCUUAUCGGUGCUAUUCAAUCACCAAGAUUAUAUUUCGAUCAAGAUUGUUGGCGUUCGUUACGGCAAAAACAUCCGAUCCAUUAUCGUGAUUAUCAAUCUUUAUCCUUAUUUUGCCGUCGAUUAUCACGUCCUGGAUCGAUGUUAAGCUGUAUCGGUUUCACACAUCUGCCACCCUUACAUUCAAUUAUUAAUCGACUCCAAUUAUCCUGUGCAACAGCAUGGAAUAUAUUCGAUGCAAAUAUCCGUUUUACCGAUGGACCAUCGAUGGCCGAAUGGGUGGAAGGACAGAUAAACGUUCGAAUAUCAAGCGUUGCUUGUGACAAUCUAAAUAGGAAAAAAUCAAUCGCGAAAUCGAAUGAAUUACAAGUAAAUCUUCAGAUCGAUUCUACAUGUAAAACAUUUUUACAAAAAUGUUCAAACGAUACUUCCAGAGUGAUCAGUUUCGAUGAUUAUCCAUCACAUAUUGGACAAAGACGUCGAUAUAUCUGUACAAUGCCAGAUGGCCAUCUACGAUGGUUGAUUCGGCCUAAAAUCUGGUCAACAUUUGUACAAUGUGAAGCAAAUCAAUCGUUUAUCGAUUAUGAAUUACCAGAUAGAUUUUAUUAAUGACUAUUAUGAUUUUCAUUAUUAGGCAUCUUUUGAUUUGUAUGUUGCUUGUGUAACUUAUUAUAUCAUUAACUUAUUUCAUUAUUAUUAUUAUUGAAAGCAAUA